AUGACGCGCGACACUCGCGCGCGAGCGCUGGAGAAGAUAGCUUCGCUAUCGGCAACCGGCCCCGCGACUUCGUUUGAGAAAUCAGACCUCGACCGGCUGUGCAAGGCGUGCCAUUCGGGAGCAAGAGGAGGCGAACAUGGCCAGGCCGGGCAUAACUCGAAGCCGAAUGGCUCUCUGGGGAAAAUCCCAAUGUCCAUUCGCGAGUUCGAAGUGCUCCUAGCCUUAUGCAAGACCGCGCCGAACAUCCAAUCUAGCCAAAGCGCCCAGAAGCUCUCCUAUCGACUGAUUCCUUAUAUACUCGACAUCCAUACCCAAGUCUUUGUUUCGUCGCCCUUCUUUCGCAAGAUCGAGCCAUCCCCGACAGAAUCGCUAGCCUUCCACGUUACGGCGGCACUGUUGUCGCUUGGAAACAACUAUCACGAACUUCACGACGAUAUCUCCAAUGGCAUCUGGCACUUUGCCAACGACUGCAAUAAAGUGGCCGAGAAUGUCGUGUCGCCACACGUCGGCGAUCCUGAAAACCCCCAUCUGGAUGACGCAAUUCGCACCGCGACUAUUGCUCUGGCUCUCGUUGGUUUCCUUGAUGCUGUGUCUGCUCAGGCAGAUUUCUGGAAAGUGGAGGGCCGGCUAGUCCUUAUACAAAAGAUUCGUCAGCUUCUCUCAGAGCCCUUCUUGGUUGCGGUUGAGACCGCCAUCUCUACGAUCCGCAACUCUCUCAGCCAAGACCGGGACGUGAAAGAGUGGAAGAGGCACCUGCGCCAUUAUGCUGCCUCGGGAAGACCUCUUGGAGCAAUGUUGCUGCAGCGCAGUUUUAUGUGGCUGGUACUGGCGAGCAGUUCGUUGAUGGUUGCGGAUGGAGCACGCCUUCGAACUACGCACAUCCUGGAUAUUCUCAUGUCCAAGGACGGCAGUCUGAACGCUGGUGAUAUAGAGGCCCAUACCUCCUCUAUCGAGACGUAUACUGGUCUCGCAAUAGAACAGAUGCACUACAUCGAGGCUGGUGCGGACUUUGUGCGACUUGGCGCGCACUCUCAGCAACAGCUUGCCUUUGCAGUCAAAUCUGCUGCCAUGAUAACCUAUCUGAACUGCGCCUUGCUUAAUGAAGAGGUUGCAGACGCGGAUAUCCUCACCACAUGGCUUCAGGAGGCUCUGGAAGACCCUCUGCAGAUGACUGAUGAAACUUUGGCAUCCACGGUUUUACAAUGUCUGGCUCUGAGCUGCCGUAUAGCGCCUUCGUUUUCUUCAACCGUCAGCCGCGCGCUUCCGCGGUUCCUGGUCCAGACUGUGCCUCAGGGCAAUACCGUUGGAGUAGCAUCAAAGAGUUUGGCAUAUGUUCUAAGGCUGCUUUCCAAAGACGCAGUCAUCAGCACUCUCUAUUCCUUGGGCAAUGUGUUGAGUCCAGGUUCAGAUGGGACCAUUACUGGCUUGCAAGCAAAUGGUACCGCCGGCGAAGCGAGCUUGGUCCCUAUAUAUGUUAACAGACAUUCUACGGGAAGCGCCAUUUCUCUUCAGAUGAACGGCGAGGAAGAAACGGCCAUAAUUUAUGGCAAUGUUGUUCAGGCGAUAUGCGGCAUUGCGGCAGCAUGCGAGGACGAAAAGAUUACGGCUCUUGCACAGUCCAUGCUUCUACAAAAAUUGGACAAGGUCAACGUCAGCGUAGACACCCAAGUUAUAGCUGGCGCAGCUACGUUGGCACUUAGUGGUGGCCAACUGGAAUUCCGCUCGCUCCUGAAACUGUACUCAAGGAUAUGCCAUAUCGGCGUUGUGGAGAAGAAGGACUUCCUUUUGGGCUCGGUGAGGAGAGCUCGCGCCCACAUCUCCGCUCGUUUGCGUCGGGACUCGCCCUUGUUCGACAUCUAUUGGGAACAUCUGCUGGAUAGCAUUAUUUCUCUGGGUGAUGCUCACGCGUCUGGGCAAACCAAAGACUCGGACGUGCAGUUGGCUGCUCAAGAGAUUGGUGAACUGCUUCACCCUCUUGCUGUGUUCAUGGCCAGCAAUGAUCUUGCCUCGGAGCCACUGACAAGUGAUGAAUCUAAUGCUCUCCUUAGAGAUGCAUGGUUUAACAUUGUUGUACAUGGAUUUAUGACAACCACCGAACGUGGCAAGAAGCACAUUGACGAGCUUCGCAUGAUUGCCGUGCACUCCCCAGCUUUGGUAGCGAGCCAGCGUAGCGAGCAGGUUGAGAGUGAUAUCGAGCUUAACACUGUGCUGAGACGAGGACAUAGCAACGAACGAGAGGCAAUGCAGAAGAAGCUUCUUAGCGAGCUCAUACCAUCAAAGGCAGCUGAUAUUAAGAGCCUUAGCUACCGAAAGGUUAUUUUCCUUCAAGCUGCUUACCUGGUUGAGAGUCUCCGGGCAGAUGCUGGCGAUUGCACCAAGGCGUUGACCUACUUUUUGGAGCCUGCCAUGCGAAAGGGCGAUGUGAGCAGCACUAUGGAGGGAAUUGCUGCGGCUGUCGUGGACAAGUAUUUGAGGAAGACGCUCGCUGGUAUUGAUCCGAGCUUCUCCUCCCAAUACGCCGCUACCCAGCUUGUUUCCAUCUUCUGUAACUGCUGCCAUCGCAUCGAGCGAGUUCAGCAGGCUGCAUUUGCUUGUGCAGACCGUAUCAUUAGGGAUGUGCCUUCGGCCUUGUGCCACAGAACGUCUCUCUUUGCUCUGCUGGAACUCCUUUCCCUCUUGUUCACAAGCUGUCUUGAGGCCGAGACCGAUAUAUACACGCCACGGUCGAUAUUUAGUUCCAAGCUUGGCGACGUAACGCUCGAGCUGUCCGACGAUUACGAUUUCCGACGGUGGACUCUGGACAUGCUUAACCGCAAGGCCAAGGCGUGGGUUACCGCUGCUAUCAACCUGGCGCCAUUGGACGUUAAGGGUCUUCUCCAGACAUACCUGUCGGAGUUUGAAGACGACGGUGCAUAUGGCCAUGUUUCACUUGGCCGAUCUUUCGCUUUAGAAGUUGGAUCCAUUAUUCCUUCAACAGAUAACAGGCUACAAUCUCUUGACCGUGUCGGAGACACCGCUCUCAACACAGCAUCGGAUUUAAUCGCCCAGUAUACAACUCGUCAAGAGUACCGCUAUGGCGAAACACUGCCAGACCGUGGGUCUGAGUUGAUAACCUUCAUGAACCUAAACCGACGGUCGUCGUUUGCUCGGAUUUUGAGCAAAAAGUCUACUUCUUUGACUGAGGUCCGCGAGAUUCUCAGACGAGCAGCCGCCCUCUUGUGCCGUGGUGGGAAAGAUGAAUCAGCCGUUGCUCGUUAUCUAGUGAACAUACCCUUUGCCCUGUUCACAAAGCAGUCUAUCAAGCUGGGCGUCUCGCUAUGGCUAGGCGUAAUGAACGAAAACCCACAACUGGAGCCCAAGCUGCUUAAUUCCAUUGCUCAGCAGUGGGAGUUGAGCAUUUCUCGCAAAGUCGGAUUGUUCCAUCCUGCUUUGAGCCAUCCCGACCCGUUCUUUCUCAAAGAAGAAAACUCGCCAAGUGAGCUGGAAAUGCUAGCAAAGAAGCGACAGUUGGUACAUGACAUUUUGUCUCCUCAUGCUCGCCUGUUGCAGUUCUUCAGCAGCCACUUCAAUGCCACCAGACUCGGCUGCCCUGACAUUCAGAGAAUCUUCAUUCGGAUGCUUGAUUUAACUCUGGACGCCGUUAAGAACUGCACAUCUCAUCCACUAGCGAGAGAAUUGCGUCUCCAGAUUGUUCUCUUUGGCUUGCAGGUUUUGCGAUGGAGCACAAUCAUUAACGCUACAGCCCAAUUUCGCCUCAAGGGCAAGAUUCUGGCUGCAGGCCUCUGCUGGUUCAGGAACUCUCCAAGGUGGUCCUUUGGCAGCAAUCUUGUACAACUGAAGACCGAGUUCCGCCUCAUCUCAGAUGUCCUCUCCGCCAUGAAAGUAGUUGCACCCAUCGGUGCUAAUACGAGCGGCGUUAACUCGCUGCGAUCCAAAGAACUGCUGCUGCAACUGCUGCUGGAGAAUGAGCAAUCGCGUCUGACAGUAUGGAUCAGCCCUCUCAGCCAGCAUCACGCUCACUUGACGAUCCAUCACAACUCCUCGAAAGCAGCGACGGAGGCUGCUCUUCUGCCUCUGGUUCAUACAGCCUGGUUCCAAGAUCCUGCUAUUGCUAUAGAGUUGGCUACGAGAUUCCACUACCUUCGCUUGACUCGCGAGAUCAGAUCCCUACUUCUUGCGAUGCCGGAAAAGGCUAUAUCUGAACCGGAAGCCAUUCCCCUCAUGUUCGGUGGACAUCUACCUGAUGAUGUCGGUUCACAACUCAAGUAUCUCUUAUUCUGGGAACCAGUGAAUCCUCUCACUGCCGUGACCCUCUUUCUGCCAGCAUACAGAGACCAUCCUUUCCUCAUCCAAUACGCCAUGCGAGCUCUUGAGAGCCAUUCACUCGAUAUUACUUUCUUUUACGUGCCUCAGAUUGUGCAAACCUUGCGUUAUGACACUCUCGGAUACGUGGAACGAUAUAUCCUUGAGACUGCGCAAUUUUCUCAGCAUUUUGCUCACCAGAUUAUCUGGAAUAUGAAGGCCAACGCGUACAAAGAUAACGACGGCUUAAUCCCCGAUGACAUCAAACCAACUCUUGAUUCUAUCAUGACCAAGAUGGUCGACAGCUUCACCCCCGAAGACAGAGACUUUUACAAACGAGAGUUCGCCUUCUUUGAUGAAGUUACCAGCAUUUCAGGUAAAUUGAAACCAUACAUUAAACGGCCGAAGCCGGAGAAGAAGCAGAAGAUCGAAGAAGAGCUGCGAAAGAUCCAAGUCGACGUCGGCGUCUAUCUUCCCAUCGACUCAGACGGCAUCGUCAUUGGCAUUGAUCGCAAGUCUGGAAAGCCUCUUCAGAGUCACGCCAAGGCUCCUUAUAUGGCAACUUUCCGUGUCAAGAAGCACAAGAGUGGGCUCGAGCAAGAGAAUCGGCUGCUUGAGGGAACUGGGGAUGGAGAAGGCAAGGAGACCGAAGACAACACUGUGGAGAUAUGGCAGUCCUGUAUCUUCAAGGUCGGAGAUGACUGCAGACAGGACGUGCUGGCGCUACAGAUGAUUGCUGCCUUCCGAGGCAUCUUCCACAACGUCGGUCUUGAAGUUUUCGUUUUCCCGAACCACGUUACUGCGACGGCCCCGGGCUGCGGUGUCAUUGAGGUGUUGCCCAACUCAAUCUCCCGAGAUAUGCUUGGCCGUGAGGCCGUCAAUGGUCUCUACGACUACUUUGUCUCCAAAUACGGCAACGAGGACUCUCUCCGCUUCCAACAAGCUCGCGCCAACUUUGUCAAAUCCAUGGCUGGCUACUCUGUCAUUUCAUUCUUGCUUCAAUUCAAGGAUCGCCACAACGGCAACAUCAUGAUUGACGAUGCCGGACACAUCCUUCACAUCGACUUCGGCUUCUGCUUCGACAUCGCCCCCGGCGGCAUCAAAUUCGAGCGCGCCCCUUUCAAGCUCACGAGCGAAAUGAUGGCCGUCAUGGGAGGCUCGACAGAUCACCAAAGCUUCAAGGCCUUUGAGCAGCUCUGCAUCAAGGCCUUCCUCGCCAGUCGCCAGUACUGCGAGAAGCUCAGCCACAUUGUCCAGCUCAUGAUGGACAGCGGCCUGCCGUGCUUCAAGCCGGAGAGUGUGCAGAACUUUAGGGAUCGCUUCGUCAUGGACAAGACGGAGCGGGAAGCGGCCGACUUCAUGAAGGACCUUAUUAAGAAGAGUUACUCGAGUUACAGUACUGGUAUUUACGACCAGUUCCAACUGCUUACCAACGGCAUUCCAUAUUGA